CACCUGUUUUACCACUCGUAUCGCUAGACCACCUAAACGCUCCACGACGCCCGAUGCAAUUGCAACCAACAUGUCGUCGUCAAUGUUCAGUCAUAUUUAACCGUCGAACGCUACUGGACUCCAGAUGGGUUUCUACGAGCUGCACCGGUCAGUAUCCUUGCCCCACACGCCGCAAUCCGACACCCGAAGAAAUCUUCCAUCUGCCUUCAAACGCUUCUCAGGCUCAAAUUAAAGCCAGAUAUUACGAACUCGUCAAACUAUACCAUCCCGACUCCGUUCGUGCACAGAAUAUUCCGCACUCCGAGCGCACGAGCCGUUUCCAAGCUUUUCAACGCGCCUACGAGGCACUCCGACGCCCCCGUCGGGCGGGAACGGGGACGUAUGAUGAUCUGCUUCAAGCUGAGAUCGCUCGGAGACAUCGACCCAGACAGUACGGUAGAUCUCCUGGCGGUGUGGGCAUGGGUAUGGGGAGCAUGCAUUUUGACGAUAUGCACGCACAGCCUUCAGAUACGUCCAGUACAUCAGCGCCAGAUGAUAUAAGUGCUAUCCUGAAAGGUAUGUGUAUAGCAGGGCUGUGCGUUGCCAUAUUGCUGGCACCUACCAUGUCACCAGGGAGAACUCGUGACCGAAGCGCAGCUGCCAACUUGGCCCAAGCUCAGCAAGAAGCGCAGGAAUUUGGUAUGGAGCGGCGCAGACAUAUUAGAGAACUUGUACAGGAGUAUGAGGCGGAACGGGGGGAGCCGUUUAAGAGGCGAACAAUCACGAGACGACAUGCAAAACAGCCUGGAGACCAUUCUGACUCCGAGCAACAUUCAGAGGAAAUGAACUAGAUGGAACCGACGUUUUCUGCAUGUGAUAGGUCAGCAGAUCGCCACGAGUCGUCGUCGUUUUCUUGUCGCGUACUACUGUCGUCCUUUAUGCGUCAGUACCCUAGCUCCAAGAAGUGCUUUCCGUUAGAUCCACCGGCUCGCGGUCGUUAAGGGCCGCCAGAGUAUGCGCACAACGUGUCUCCUGUUCCAGGAAACUCUCGGAA